GAUUUCCUGUUGACAGCAUGACACAGAAUGACUCUGCUCACGUUGAUGCUGGUUUUUCUGCUUCAGAAUGGAGGCAUCACGGGAGAGAUCUCUUUCCAUCAUCUCUAUCAGAGACCUGGAGAUGAGGUUUUGUUACCCUGUCUUCGGGUGUCAUUAUCUGAGACCAGAUGUUCAGAUAUUGACUGGCUUUACAACAAAGAUCAAACAACUUCAACUGAUAUUAGUGAUGGAGUAGUAGAGAAGACAUCACCUCGAGCUGCCAGACUGAGUCUGCACACUAACUGCUCUCUGAUCAUCAAUAACAUCACAGCUGAGGAUGCUGGUCGGUACAUCUGUCGAUAUUUGAAGGACACUCAGGAAGACACACAGGUGUUUCUAAACAUUUUGACAAUUUCACCGUCAUCUGCAGACACAGAUCCAAAUAAAGAUGGAGAAGUGACAUUAAGUUGCUCCCUGUUCAAAUUAGAAGGACCGUGUGAACCCAGGAGCCUCCGCUGGGUGGAUGAGGCGGGAGCUGAGCUGGUUGGUGAAGGUGAUGGUUUCAAGUAUGAAGGACAGACAAACUGUGGUUCUUAUCUGACUGUGAAGCUUCAGACUGAACACAGCAGAAGAUACACCUGCCAGUAUGUUGAUGGAACAGCUGUGAAGAUCGAGGCUCACUACUCAACUGUGUCCUCAGGUCCCACCAGUGAUAAAGCCUUCAUCUUCAUCAUCGGGGGAGUGGUCGGGCUGCUGGUGUUGUUACUUGUCAUUACAGUUAUUCUACUGAAAUGCAGAAAACAAGCCAAAGCUACAAAAGAUGCUCUAAAACUGGCCAAUAUCCCGGAAGAGACAGAUGUGACCUAUGCCACAGUGAAUGAGCAUCACACCACUGAUCACAAACAUGAUGAGACAGAGAUCAGUCUGACCUACGCCACUGUGAGCCUCACUAAUCAGAAGGUCCAUCAGAAGAACAAGGUCAAAGUCAAGGAAAAGGUGGAAGAAGUGACUUAUUCUACUGUCAGGACUCGGUGAAGACCAAACUGAAAACCCCCAGAAUGCCUCGGGGUCAGACUGUCAUCACUCAUAAAGGAGCAGUCAGCGGUCCUGAUUACUGAUUUUCUAAAGCGAUUCAGGACUUCAUCGACAGUCCAAGAAAAACAAGCUGACUCCACCAGACGACAACCAGCCACACACUGCGACCAGCGCCAGACGCCCCGUGGCUCCAGCUGCUGGAGAUGAGCACAGCGUCACCAGGAAUCAGUCAAGUUUUGAGUCAAGUUCGAAGAGUCAGUUCAUUAUGGUGACAUUAUGUUAUUUCUAUUCAUUAAAAAAGAGAGAGAGCAAUGUCAUGUUAAUGAUGAUGAAUCUGUGUGAAACAACAGCAACAUCUAGAGGUCGAAUGUGAG